GCUCACUGCUCAGUGUCAUCAGCAAGCACCUAUCGCCGGUCCAAAUCGCUCGGCCCCCUCCUCGAAAGAGAGAGCCUUUACCUGGUUUGGAUUUGGAUAUGCACCCGCCCGCGCGUAUGGGCGUGCCCGGCUGCCCGUCCCGUCCGUGUAUAUAAUGCAGGGCCUCCUCGCUGUACUUGUCUCGUCGGUCGUCGGUUCGUCACACCGCACCAGGUGCCAGCAGCUGCGUCCUGUCUAGGUGUCUGAGCAGGAGGCAAGGCGGGGAAAGGCUGCCCGUGCCUCCACUCCCGUCGUCUCCAACCAUUGUCCGACCCCGCGGCGGCAUCCUCAGCUUCUUGCAGGGCACCGCAGGCCGGUCGAAUCUAACUAGAGCAGAGGGAGGGAGUGAAUCUGGAAGCAGCGGCGAGAUGUUGGAGAAGAAGUGCGAGUUCAACGGGGAGGAGGUGAUCGCCGAGUUCGAGGAGCUGACGCGGGACGCCACCGCCGUCCAGCGGGAGACGCUGCGCCGGAUCCUCGCCGACAACGCCUCCGCCGAGUACCUCCAGGGGCUGGGCGUCGCCGGCCGCACAGACCCGGACUCCUUCCGGGCCUGCGUGCCGCUCGCCACGCACGCCGACCUCGAGCCCUACAUUGCGCGCAUCGCCGACGGCGACACCUCCCCAGUGCUCACCGCCACGCCCGUCACCUCCAUUUCCCUCAGCUCCGGCACGACUCAGGGGAAGCGCAAGUACCUGCCCUUCAACCAGGAGCUCGUCAAGUCCACGAUGCAGAUAUACCGGACCUCCUACGCCUUCAGGAACAGGGCGUUCCCCGUCGAGGACGGCAAGGCGCUGCAGUUCAUCUACGGCAGCCGGCAGUUCACUACCAAGGGCGGGCUCACGGCGACCACGGCCACCACCAACGUGUACCGCAGCGAGGAGUUCAUGCCCACGAUGCGCGCCAUCCAGUCGCAGGUCUGCAGCCCCGACGCGGUGAUCUUCGGCCCCGACUUCACGCAGUCGCUCUACUGCCACCUCCUCUGCGGCCUGCUCUACGCCGACGAGGUCCGCAUCGUGUCCGCCACCUUCGCGCACAGCGUCGUGCUCGCCUUCCAGACCUUCGAGCGGGUGUGGGAGGAGCUGUGCGCCGACAUCCGCCACGGCGUCCUAUCGCCGACGCGGGUCACCGCGCCGGCCGUCCGCAAGGCCGUCUCGGCCCUCCUAGCGGAACCGAACCCCGCGCUCGCCGACGACGUGGCGCGCAAGUGCUCCGCGCUGAGCAACUGGUACGGGGUGAUCCCGGCGCUGUUUCCCAACGCCAGGUACGUCCACGGCAUCAUGACGGGGUCCAUGGAGCACUACGUCAAGAAGCUCCGGCACUACGCCGGCGGCCUGCCCCUGGUCGCCGCAGAGUACGGCUCGUCCGAGGGGUGGGUAGGCGCCAACGUGGAGCCCGAGACGCCACCGGAGUCCGCCACGUUCACUGUGCUCCCCAACAUCGCCUACUUCGAGUUCAUCCCUCUGACGACCAGCGACGGCGGAGCCUGUGCCGACGCGAGCUACGCCGAGGCAGAGCCCGUCGGCCUGACGGAGGUCACCGUCGGCGAGCACUACGAGGUUGUCAUGACCACCUUCGCAGGGCUGUACCGGUACCGGCUGGGGGACGUGGUGAAGGUGGCCGGGUUCCACAACUCGACGCCAAAGCUCAAGUUCGUGUGUCGGCGGAACCUCAUGCUGUCCAUCAACAUCGACAAGAACAGCGAGCUGGACCUGCAGCUCGCCGUCGACUGCGCGGCCAAAAUCCUGGCCGCCGAGAAGCUGGAGGUGGUCGACUACAGCAGCCACGCCGACGUGUCGUGCGACCCGGGCCACUACGUCAUCUUCUGGGAGCUCAACGCGGAGGCUAACGACGACGUGCUGCAGAGCUGCUGCGACGAGCUGGACCGGGCGUUCACCGACCCCGGGUACGUGGGGUCGAGGAAGGCGCGUGCCAUCGCGCCGCUGGAGCUGCGGGUGCUGCAGCGGGGCACGUUCCAGAAGGUGCUGAGCCACUACAUCUCCCUCGGCGCCCCCGUGAGCCAGUUCAAGUCGCCGCGGUGCAUCGGCCGGUCCAACGCCGGCGUCCUCCAGAUCCUCUCCGGCAAUGUCAAGGCCUUCUUCAGCACCGCCUACGACUGACGGACACCACGCGCCUCGAGCAGGUGGCAGACGGUGACGCAGCGAGCAUACAGUGACAGAUUAGGUAGCUGCAGCAGUCGUGCAAUAGUUGCAGUUCAUCAGGAGUUGCACGCAGAUGCAAGUGGGUGUGAUCGUGGUAGAAUCGGCGCUGGUUCAGUGGCCGCAACUGAUUUAUCUAUUGCCAAAUGUGCACUGUCCAAAUUGUGUCUUGUAUCUGCCGGUUCUGCGUCAUGGAGUUUUUUUAAUAA